GACAUCCCGGGGCCGCGCGAACAUGGCGGCGGCUGGCGCUGAGCGGUGAGGUGGUGUCCGACCGAGACCGAGCUCGGGGCCAUGGGCGGCGGCCGCAGCGGCGCCGCCUCCGCGUCUCGCUGAGGGCCGGGCGGGAGUCGAGGGCCCGGCGCGCAGAGCCGGGCGAUGGAGGCGAGCGGCGGCGAGCUGGGCGCUCUGGAGACCAUGGACACCCUCACGGAGCUGGGGGACGAGCUCACCCUGGGGGACAUCGACGAGAUGCUCCAGUUUGUCAGCGGCCAGGUGGGAGAGUUCCCAGACCUCUUCUCUGAUCAGCUUUGUAGCGGAGCUUUCCCAGGAGGCAGCGGGAGCAGUCCUGGCACCAGUGCCAAUGCCAGCACCAACGCUGGUGCCAAUGCCAGUGCCACCUUGGAGAGCCCCUCGUCACGGCCCUACAACCAGGCACCGAUGGUGGCGACAUCGACAGCAGGGGCAGCAGCAGCAUCAGCGUCCUUCCCUCAGACUCCGCCUGUGCAGAUCAAAGCCCCCGCUGCCCCAGUGUCUACCCCUCCUCGGGCCGCGCCCCUGCUCCAGCCCCGCCUACAGCCCCAGCCCCAGCCCCAGCUGCAACAGCAGACUGUGAUGAUCACCCCAACCUUCAGCACGGCCCCACAGACUAGGAUCAUCCAGCAGCCCCUCCUGUACCAGAACUCGGCCACCAGCUUCCAAGUCCUACAGCCUCAAGUGCCGAGCCUGGUGACAUCCUCUCAGGUGCAGCCGGUCACCAUCCAGCAGCAGGUGCAGACAGUGCAGGCCCAGAGGGUGCUGACCCAGGCCGCCAAUGGCACCAUUCAGACCCUGGCACCAGCGACCGUGCAGACAGUCGCCACUCCUCAGGUUCAGCAGGUUCCGGUCCUGGUGCAGCCUCAGAUCAUUAAGACGGACUCACUCGUCUUGACCACGCUGAAAACCGAUGGCAGCCCGGUCAUGGCGGCGGUACAGAACCCGGCCCUCACGGCUCUCACCACGCCCAUUCAGACCACGGCCCUCCAGGUCCCUACACUGGUCAGUGGUGGCAGCGGGACCAUCCUCACCACCAUGCCUGUGAUGGUGGGGCAGGAGAAGAUGCCCAUCAAACAGGUGCCUGGGGGUGUCAAGCAGCCAGAGCCCCCCAAGGAAGGGGAGAGAAGGACCACCCACAACAUCAUCGAGAAGCGCUACCGAUCAUCCAUUAAUGACAAGAUCAUCGAGCUCAAGGACCUGGUCAUGGGGACAGAUGCCAAGAUGCACAAGUCUGGGGUGCUGAGGAAGGCCAUCGAUUACAUUAAGUACCUGCAGCAGGCUAAUCACAAGCUACGGCAGGAGAACAUGGUAUUGAAGCUGGCCAAUCAGAAAACCAAACUCCUGAAGGGCAUUGACCUGGGCAGCCUGGUGGACACUGAUGUUGACAUGAAGCUGGAUGACUUCAACCAGAAUGUCCUGUUGAUGUCUCCCCCCGCCUCCGAUUCAGGGUCCCAAGCAGGCUUCUCCCCUUACUCUAUCGAUUCAGAGCCAGGGAGUCCUUUGCUAGAUGAUGCUAAGGUGAAAGAUGAGCCCGACUCUCCGCCAGUGGCGCUGGGCAUGGUGGACCGCUCUCGGAUCCUGCUCUGCAUGCUCACCUGUCUGUGUCUCUCCUUCAACCCUCUGACAUCGCUGCUGGAAUGGGGAGGGGCCCACAGUUCUGGCCAGCCGGCGCCUGGGGGCUCGAGCCGAAGCAUCCUUUCCUUUGAUUCAGGUGCUGGUGGCUGGUUUGACUGGAUGUUCCCCACCCUUCUCCUGUGGUUCUUAAAUGGCACAAUUGUCCUGAGCGUCUUCAUCAAGCUGCUGGUGCACGGGGAGCCUGUCAUCCGGAUGCACUCACAAACCUCGGUCACGUUCUGGCGCCAUCGCAAGCAGGCUGACCUGGACCUGGCCAGGGGGGAUUUUGCUGCAGCAGCCUCUAACCUGCAGACAUGCCUGUCUGUCCUGGGCCGCACACUGCCCACCUCCCACCUGGACCUGGCCUGCAGCCUCUCCUGGAACGUGAUCCGAUACAGCCUGCAGAAGCUGAGGCUGGUGCGCUGGCUGCUGAAGAAGGUCUCGCAGAGGCGCCGCCGGGCAGCCGUGGCCGCUGGCGGCUUUGAAGACGAGGCAAAGACCAGUGCUCGGGACGCCGCCUUGGCCUACCACAAGCUCCAUCAGCUGCGCAUCACAGGGAAGCUCCCGGCUGGCUCCGCCUGCUCCGAUCUGCACAUGGCCCUGUGUGCCGUGAAUCUGGCCGAGUGUGCUGAGGAGAAGAUCCCCCCGAGCACCCAGGCUGAAAUCCACCUCACGGCAGCCGUGGGACUCAAGACCCGCUGCGGGGGCAAACUGGGCUUCCUGGCUAGCUGCUUCCUGAGCCGAGCCCAAAGCUUGUGUGGCCCUGAGCGGAAUGCCGUCCCCGACUCUCUCCGUUGGCUCUGUCACCCCCUGGGCCAGAAGUUCUUUGUGGAACGGAGCUGGUCGGUGAAGUCAGCCACCAAGGAGAGCCUGUACUGUGCCCCAAGAAACCCAGCGGACCCCAUCGCACAGGUGCACCAGGCCUUCUGUAAGCAUCUGCUCACACGAGCCGUGGAUGCCCUGGUGAAGCCCCAAGCCGAGCAGGACGAGGAGACCUGCGAGCUGUCCAGUGCGCUGGAGUACUUGAAGUUACUCAAUUCCUUUGUGGAUUCUGUGGGGGUCAUGGCCCCACCCUUCACAAACAGCUCGGUGCUGAAGUCAGCACUCGGCCCGGACAUCAUCUGCAGGUGGUGGACAUCCGCGGUCUGGAUGGCCAUUGGCUGGCUCCAGGGGGACGAUGCAGCUGUGCGCUCGAGGUUCACUGAAGUGGAGCGAAUCCCCAAGUCCCUAGAAAUGGCUGAGAGCCCCCUCGUGAAGGCUGUUUUCCACGUCUGCCGGGCCAUGCAUGCCUCGCUCUCAGGGAAGGCCGAAGCACAACAGAAUUCCUUUGGUCACUGUGAGAGAGCCAGCGGCCACCUAUGGGGCAGCCUCAAUGUCAGCAGCUCAGCCUCUGAUGCGGGGCUCACCCAUGUGAUCCAGCUGCUCACCUGUGACCUGCUGCUGUCCCUCCGGACUGCCUUGUGGCAGAAGCAGGCAGGCUCCAGCCCUGCCCUGGGAGAGACCUUCCAUGCCUCGGCUCCUGAGCUUGCGGGCUUCCAGAGGGAUCUUGGCAGCCUGCGCAGGCUGGCACACAGCUUCCGGCCAGCCUAUCGAAAAGUGUUCCUGCAUGAGGCCACGGUGCGCCUCAUGGCCGGCGCCAGCCCCACCCGCACCCACCAGCUGUUGGAGCACAGCCUGAGGCGCCGGAUGGCCCAGACGACCAAGCAUGGAGAGGCCGAUGCUCUCCCUGGGCAGCGAGAACGGGCCACCGCCAUCCUGCUGGCCUGCCGCCACCUGCCCUUGUCCUUCCUCUCAUCCCCGGGCCAGCGGGCGGUGCUGUUGGCAGAAGCUGCCCGGACCCUCGAGAAAGUUGGGGACAGACGUUCCUGCAGCGACUGCCAACAUAUGAUUGUCAAGCUGAGCGGGGGCACUGCCAUCGCAGCCUCCUAACCCGAGCCCUGCCCCACCCCCCUGUUCAGACCCUUUCUCGUUUCUGUCUCAGCCUAUGUCACCUGAACCCCUUGCUUGUACCAUCUGAACUGGGGGCUUGGGGCACUCAGGCUGCUGGUCAUUGCCCCCUCCACUGCCAGGCUCUGCCCAGCUGUCCUUCCCUUGGGCUUCCCCAGGAAACUUGGAAAGUUUCAUCUUUUAUUGAGGAAGGAGAUUCUAGUGGUCUGGUGCCUGGAUGGGGCCCAGGAGGAGAGACUGGGGGGCAGCAGGCAAGCCCCAGGGGCAGGGGUCCCAGGCAGGGGCCCUCCCUGCAGCCCUCUGGCCAUCAGCUGGGCCAGGGCCGCUUCAGGCUCCUGUCAAAAUACGUGUUUGGAAACAGGACGGUUUUUACUCUGGCUUUGUGUGUUUGGUUUGCUGAGCCAUUAGGGUGUGGUAGCCCCCUCUCUUCUGCUGUCUCCUCUCCUGUCUCUGAUGUAGACGUUAGUUAUUUUCCCGUAUUAGAAGCGAUAGCUGUGGGGUGAGUGUGGUAGUCCAGAGCCCAGCUCCGAGGGAGUCACAGAAAUGGGGGAGGGGAAGGGGGGGCAGUCCUCAGGGCAAACAUGAAAUAAAAUCAUCUUUUUUUAAUUUUCUAAAAAACAAAAAAUGGUAUCCUCCUUCAUUGUCUUCCUCCUUCCCUCUGUCUCUUUCUCUUGGGCUCCAGCUGGGCCAGGACACUUACUGGGGCAAUCGGUCUGAGUGGAUGCCAAGUGGGGAGGGCACCUUGGAGCAUAGUGGGAUGGCCCAGUGACAACAUCAGUGGAACCAUCUGGAUGGUGGGGGAGGGGGGGCUUGUUUGCAUUUCUUGGGCACCCUGGUCCUUGUUCUGUUUUUAUCCCAAAUUCUUCAGCUGAAGUGGCCGUGACUGGGCCUUGGUCUGCCCAGCUUCUUCCCUGGAACUGUGCCUCCCACCCAGGCCUCUUAGUUCGAGAAUGGGCAGGGCCUCUCAAAGCCCCUCCAUUUGCCUCCCCACACCCAGGAGAGGUAUGCCCAGCAGGGCCCUCCUCCUCUUGGGACAAAGAUGCUAUUUUCUUCCCUUCUUAGGCUAGGGCAGAGGCCCAGGGCUGGCUUUACCCUUGUGGGCAGAUGCCUCGCUCCUGCCCCUCUUGCAGCUCCAGGGGAGUGUUGGGGGAGGCCCUCAUCAUUGCUGGCCAGGGGAUCCCUCAGAUGGAGCAUCACAGACAUGUCCAAAGGCCAUCUUCUCCCUCAAUCAGAGGGGUUACUGUAUCACCAGGAACUGUUGGGUAGAAGGCCCUUCUGGGGUAGAUUUCUCCCUACCACCCUGGAAGGCCUAGCAAUUCUGAGGCUUGGCAGACCUUGUCUUCUUGCUGGAAGUGCCCAGAUGCCCCUGAGAACCAGAGACCAGUAGCUUUGCUUUCACCAUGGGCCAAAUAUCUUCCCUGGAGCCUUGGUCACCGUUGGAGUCAGCUAGUCGGGGCCACUUCCUAGAGGCGAUUUGGUUUCCAGCAGCCUCAGGCUUAAGAGAGGAAAGAAGGUCUGGGAAGUAGUACCCAACCUCACCACCUGACACAGAAAAAGAGCUGUGGGAGUGCCUGGAGGCAGGAUUGGGACAGGGGAAGACUGGAUUGGGCCAGCCUCUCAAAUCAAGGCAGGGGACCUAGCCCUCAGCAUGGAGGGAGCAGUUCCCUGUGGGACCCUCGGCCUUCCUGGCCUUAGGCACUUCGGUGGAAGGUCUAGGCAGAGCUUGCUGGCUACUGGGCAGGGAACACAGUAGAGGAAGUGAAACCAUGUAGUAGCCAAGGGCCCACCCCAGGCCACCUGCUGUUCUUGCUGAUUUCUCCCAUCGCAGGCUUCUCCCAGCCUGUUGACCGCGGGAGGGGUCUGUGGACCAGUUUUGUAUUCUUUGUUAUUUAUGGGUUCAGCGCCAGUCCCAACCGUUGUUUAUUUUAUCUGUGUACGUAUGUGCCUUGUUGUUAGGGGUGGGGGUGGGGGACAGGUUUGGGUGUUGGAACUGGGGGGCUAUUUAGCCCCCCAAGGAAGGCUGAGGCUCAGUUCCCCAGAGGGAUCUUUUUAUGUUCAAUCAUGCACCUUGUCUGGGAUAGUCAAUAAACACAGCUUGGUCUCCUGGCCCACUCCAUGUCCGGG